AUGGGCGCGUUUUCCAACGGGCGCCCUCAAUCAGCCGGGGGCACCGGCCAGCCGAGCUGGAGGGGCAGCAUCGAGAACAUGGCGUCGGCGCCCAAUCCGCUGAUGCAGGGAGGUGCUUUCCCCGGGGCUCCUCCGCGGGCCUCGCAGCUCCCACCCCCGCCCCCUGUAAGAGGAUACGGGGGAGGAGGAUACGGCGCUCUGGCGCAGGCAGGCAGGGCGUCCAGUGGCAUGGGAGGCAUGGGCAGUGGGCGCGGCGAAGGUUACUGGGGACCAAAACCCGGCGGCGGCGGCGGAUCUAUCGGAGGGCACGCAGGCGACAAGCGCAAGUACCCCGGUAGCGACGACGUCUGGAAGCCAAACGACACCGCGGGAAAGGUCGGCAAGCAGCCCAAGCUCCCAAAAAGUCCUUCCGAGAAGGCUCCGGCAAAGGUGGCGGGCGCCACCAAGGAUGGCUCGCCGUGGCAUCCCCCGCUCCGUCGCGUCACCGUCGCGCGAGCGGCUAUCGACGCCAUGCGCCACGCUUGCGACGCGGAGCUCCCGGAGGGUCUACUCGACGAGGCCGAGAUACAUAAGAUCUCCUCCGUGCCCGACCUGACCUACCUGGACGCGCCCGCCGAAGAGCAGGGAGGUGGGCUCAAGGCUGCGCCCGCGAGGGUCAUGUGGGCGCCCCCCCUGCCCAGGGAUGGGGGACCCCACGGCCAGGUGCGUCGAUCGCUCCCGGUGUUCCGAUACCGCCAGGCGCUCAUCGACGCGUUCCAAAACAAUCCGGUGACCAUCGUGGAAGGUGAAACCGGAAGCGGUAAGACGACGCAGGUGGCGCAGUACCUGCUGGAGCACGCCGCGGAGACUGGCCAGCCGGUGAACAUCAUCUGCACCCAGCCCCGGCGCAUCUCAGCCAUCGGCGUCGCCGACCGCGUCGCGGCGGAGAGAGGCGAGCGCGUGGGUCAAGGCGCGAUCGGAUACGCCAUUCGAGGCGAGUCGAGGAUCUGCGACAACACGCGCCUGCUCUUCUGCACCACCGGCGUGUUGCUCAGGAGGCUCGAGCGCGACCCUCAGCUCAAGGGCGUGACGCACGUUCUCGUCGAUGAGGUGCACGAGAGGACUGUCGAGGGAGACUUCUUGCUCAUGGCGCUCAAAGAAAUGCUACACAGGGGCGACGGCGACGCGGACGCCGGGUCGGACCGUUCCAAGAAGAGUAAAAAGUCCAAGAAGAGCAAGAAGAGCCGCCUGGGUCCCGACGGCGGCGACGACGGAUCCGACACGGACAGCGACUCUGGAAAGUCUGGCGACGAAAAGGACGCGACCGCCGCCCCGCCCAAGACCACCGUCAAGCUCGGGCUCAUGAGCGCGACGAUGGACGGUGACGUGCUCGCGAGGUACUUCGACGAUGCCCCGAGGGUAUCCUUCCCGGGCCGAGCCUUCCCGGUGGCGACGCUCCACCUUGAGGACGCCAUCGCGGUGACGAAGCACUGGGUCGACAGGCAGGCGGAGUGGGCGUACGGCUCUUUCGCGCACCAGCGCAAGGCGGGCAAGGCUGCGUCCAGGGACGAGUCCUUACGACCUCCGGCCGAGAAUGAGUGGUUCUCCAGGCUUUCCCGAUCGGCAAGAAACCAGACCCGCGCGAGAGCCGCGUGCCGGGCGCUGGCGCAGCUCGACACUGACGUGGUCAACAGGCAGCUCAUCGUCGAGCUGGUGCAGUGGUUUGUCGGUCAGGCGGGCGGAGAUGUGGAUAGGGCGCUCCAAAUUCUGCCUGGUUCCAGGGACGACAGGUGGGAUCCCGGCAUGGCGGACAAGGAUGAAGCGAGGGGCGACAUGGACACCGCCGCGAUUCUGGUCUUCCUCCCGGGCACGAAGGAGAUUGAUGACCUUCGUGAGGCUCUCGUGAACGUCGCCGGCAGGACGGCCGGUGGCAACUUCGUGCUCGAUCCCAACUGGAUCCUGCCAUUGCACGGGUCCCUCCCUCCCGACGACCAGAGGAAGGUAUUCGAACGUCCCCCGAGGGGUGUUAUGAAGGUUGUGUUGUCCACCAACGUCGCCGAGACUUCAAUCACGAUUGACGACGUGGUCUGCGUCAUCGACACCGGACGCGUGAAGGAGGAGAGAUACGACGCGGAGAGACUCAUGAGCUCCCUGGAUGACGUCGCCGUGUCCGCCGCGGCGGCCAAGCAGCGACGUGGUCGCGCUGGACGCGUCCGACCCGGUAUUGCUUUCCACCUCUUCACCUCUGACUCGCUCGAGCGAAUGAACAGGUACACAGACCCAGAGGUGCGGCGCGUGGGCCUGCAGCAGCUGGUUAUGCGGGUCAAGGCUCUCAACCUCGAAGGUAACGCCGAGGCGGUGUGCUCCAGGCUUCCCGAACCCCCUCAACCCGCGGCGGUGCACAACGCGGUAGAGGAUCUGCGGUGUAUCGGCGCGCUCGCAGCCGCCGAUGAGCAUCUCACCCCGCUGGGCAAGCUGCUCGCGCAGCUGCCAACGGAUGCGAGGUUGGGUAAACUGGUGGUCUACGGUUGCGCGUUGGGACUGGCUGACGAGGCACUCACCCUCGCGUCCCUGCUCGGAUCCAGGUCUCCCUUCUUGAUGCCCGCGGAGGCCAGAGAGACGGCGGAUGAGAGCAAGAAGAGGUUCGGGACCCCGCCCCAAAGCGACGUCCUCGGCGCGCUCGCCGCGUACAACGAGUUUGACGCCACGCCGGGGGAGGCAAGAUUUGCCUUUGCCCGGGAGAGGUUCCUGUCCAUCAAGACCCUGCAGCAGAUCGCAAACAACAAGCGACAACUGCUGGAGAACUUGUCUACCCUCGGCGUGGUACCCAGGGGCUUGCGCGCGAACCACACAGAAUGGGUGGGGCGAAAGAAUGACGGAACGGAUGGGGUGCGGCUUGUCCUGGGUCAGACGCCCACCGCGGUUGCCUUGUCGGCUCAGAUGGAUGAACACACUGGACCAGAGGAGGGCGCGGUCGAAGCGGGCCGUGGUGCGGUACCCACGGGCCUGCUCGCCGCUCUCCUCUGCGCGGGUCUUUACCCUCAGCUCGCUUACCUCUACGCCCCUCCCACGAAGAAGGGUGCCGCGAGUUCAUCCGCCGUGAAGCUCCACGUCAGGCCGGCGGACCGAUCGCUGUCCGAGCCCGAUUCGGCGACUGUCCACCCGAGCUCCGUGAAUUCCCCCUUGGACGGCUCUCAGUGGCGCUCUUGCUACGUCGCGUUCCACGAGCGCGUGAAGACGACGAAGGUUUAUGUGCGAGACUCCACCCCGGUGCCCCCGCUUGCCAUGAUGCUCCUGGCGGGAGGGGAGCUCCAGCGCGAGCACGGCGCCGGUAAGGAUGGGCAGCAGCUCUACGAGACCGGAGGAGACGGGAACGACGAUAUCCUCGCUCUGGAUGACUUCUACCGCCUGCACGUGCCCCGUGGGGCGUGCGAUCUGAUCCUGAAGCUCCGCGAACGCAUCCAGGCUCUGGUCCGUCGAUUGGUGAACAACAGCGGGGAGAUUAAGGGGAAGAAGCAGUGGAACCCUCGAAACAACGAUCCGACCCCAGCGCCACCUUGGACCGGGGAUCUCGAAGGGGAGACCAUCGUUCGCGAUCUUGUCGACACUCUCUCUCACAUUUCGAAGUGGGAGGACGUCAAGGUGGCGCCCGAGCUGAGCGCACAAGAGAAGAAGAAGCUGGAGGCUCGGCGCAGGCACGAGGCCAAACUCGCGGAGCAGCGACGGCUCAAGGCUGCGAGGCAGGCGGCACAUAACAAUAGGGGGGGACGCGGUGGUUCGUCCCGGUCCUACGGCCGCGGCGGCGGCGGCGGUGGAAGGAAUAGAGGCGGUCGCGGCGGCGGUGGUGGCCGGGGUCACAACCGCGGUAACCAAAACUGGAACAGCAUGCAGAAAGGCGGGGGCGCAAAGAGGCCCCAUGGCAGCGGCGGGGCCCGCGGUGGACCCAACAAGAGGCACAAAAAGUUCUAA